ACAAUGGUAAAAUAACACAUGCAAUAUUAAGUUACAAAUUUAAAAUCUUGUCUUUUGUUUAAACAAUAAAACAUGCGAAAAAUUAUCUAAAAUUGUUAAUUUCAAUGGCAGGUUUUUGCCAUAGGUUUAAAUAACCAUCCUUUUGUAAAUUAUCAAAAUGAAGAAAAAAUGUUACAUGUUAUUUUAAUCUUUGGAAUAUUUCUGAUGGAUCAAAAUGGUGGUACUUGACGUAAGACUGAUUUAUGGAUUGUUCCUGUUAAUACAUCAAAGUUGUGGACUAUGUACUUACCCAAGUGACUUACGAGGAACAUGGUACGACAGCGUUUAUGGUACUAUCGCCUUUACAGAUUCUUCUAUGAACAUGGAGACGAAAAAAUUCGUUACUGGUUUCACAAAUACAAACUUUACUUGUCAACUAAAUAAUGGAGAUAUGUAUGUAUCAAAAAGCGUUGAGGCUGUCACGCUAGGUAUUCUUGGUGGUUUCACUGUUAAUGUAUGGAUAUGCUUCGAAAUAAAAUCAUUAACAACUUCAUCAUUUUAUUAUUACCUCAGAUCAAGUGAUCAAGACAAUUUAAAUUUUGGCGAUGUAGUCCCCGUUGCAACAACGGUUACAACUGUAACAGAAGCAGAUGUGUGUAAUACUUCACCAGGCGUCGGUGAAUUCCAUAUGCUUGUAAAUCCUGCUUCUGCAAAGGAAGGAUUAAGCGCUGUUCCUGUACCUUUGCUUGGUGAUUUUACUUAUACCAUGAACUUUGGAACCGAUUCAUCGCAAUGUGGGGUAUCUGCUUUCUGGGAAGGAUGUUCUAAUACAACUAUUAUUACUCUAAAUAAUACUGCCUGUGGAAGUCAGUUCGUUGGAUAUUCAGCGUCUGGUUCAUUAGGUUGUAUCACAUCAUUCCAAGACACAACAAGUACCAGUGUUUACUAUGUAGGUGUUUACAACUUUGAUACUACUGUAAAUGGAGCGUCUACAAAGCGAUUUACGUGUUUUACGGUGGAAUUUGAUACCAAUAUUACAAUGGUCAGUCAAAGUCCAAAUAAAUGUUCAUCAGGUUCCAGUCCGACGGUUCUUCCUACAGAUGGUGCUCUUCUUCAACUCACAACUGUCAGUAAGUUGCUGGUUGCUGCUGUCAAGGAAGCUAUUGAACCAAAGGCUCUUAGUGGUAAAGUUGAAGCAAUCCCAUCUAAAGUGUAA